ACUAUCGUUGCACUACCUCCCUGAGGAGGAACAGUGUCAGCUCAAACAAAAGGGAGUAACCUCGUUAGUUGGAGUUUCGCAUGUUACUCGAGACAUGUCGUGCAGCACUCAGCUCAUUUUACGCACGCUGACUGACCACAACAAGCUCACGGGCACGUUACGUAAGCGCGUAUAGCCACAACAGGCUUUUAAACAGAGAGGCUGUGGAGCUCCAGCUGGAAACUUUUCCUCCGCUGCUGAAGCCUUUGACACCAACCAGCGUGUCUUCAGCCCACAUUUUUCACAGUGUAACCAAACAGUCAUGUCAUACAACAACAGCGCGUCCUUCAACGAAGCCAGGAGGGUGGCUAUUUUCGGGGGUACGCACGGGAACGAGAUGUCAGGCGUGACACUCGUCAACCUGUGGGUGAAAAACAGCGCCGAGAUCCAGAGGAAAAGAGUCGAGACCAAACCGUUCAUCACCAACCCAAAGGCGGUGGAGAAGUGCACGAGAUACGUGGACACGGACCUGAACCGAGCCUUCAGUCCGGAGAACCUCAGUGCCCCAGAAGGAGAUGACCUGCCCUAUGAGGUGCAGAGAGCUCAGGAGAUCAACAAGAUGUUUGGGCCCAAAGGCAGCCCAGAGGCCUAUGACGUUAUCUUUGACCUCCACAACACAACGUCCAACAUGGGCUGCACUCUGAUCCUGGAGAGCUCCAAAGACUACUUUAACCUGCAGAUGAUGAACUACAUCAAGAAAGCCAUUGCUCCAGCCAGCUGUCUUGUUCUGCUGAAUGAACACCCUCUUUUGAAAUAUUCCACUUCACGCUCUGUUGCCAAGCACCCAGUGGGUCUGGAGGUGGGUCCUCAGCCUCAGGGGGUUUUGAGGAGUAACAUCUUUGAGGCCAUGAGGAUAAUACUGAAACACGCCCUGGAUUUCAUCGAGCUUUUUAAUGAAGGUGUGGAGUUCCCUCCUUGUACAGUGGAGGUUUUCAGGGUCUCAGAGCGUGUCGAUUACCCCAGAGAUGCCAAUGGAAACAUCAUUGCCAUGGUUCACCCCAAUCUGCAGGACUGUGACUGGGAACCGCUGAACCCCGGUGACCCUAUGUUCCAAACAUUUGAUGGGAAGACCAUCCACUACCAAGGCCCGGGCACCGUCUAUCCCACUUUUAUUAAUGAGGCAGCCUAUUAUGAAAAACAACAGGCAUUUGUGACCACCAGGAGAGAAACUCUGGUAGCGAGCGCCAUCAGAAAAGCAUGAAAACUGAUUUGUGAGGCUAAUAGGGAUCAUGAUUAUACAGUUGUUUUAGCCUCAAUAAGAACCUGUGUGUAGAUUUUGCACUUUGUUCUGUUAGAAAAUGACAGACUUUUCUUCACAUAAUGACUAGACACCAUCUUUUACACAAUGUUUAAUUUUCUAUGCCUUUACUAUGAGAAAAUCUAUUAACUAUGCAAAGAAUAAUUGCAAAGAAUCACUGUGAAAGUCUUUGACCUCAAGACUUGUAUAUUGCUGUGGUAAGUAUUUAUGAUAUUGUUCUUUUCAGAGUAAAUUUACAUUAAAUCCUUUUAGGUUUAUGGUAUAAAAAUGGACAAGCUGAGUUAUUAAUGGCUUGUGAAAAAUGAUACACACUCCUACUACUUCUCAGGACAGCCAUUGAAGAUCAUAACCUGCAACUUUUUGAUCCCAAACUGUACUCGUUUGUCUUCUUCUUCUUCUUCUUCUUCUCAACAUUUCUUUGUAACAUCUUUGGGAGGGUGUUUGUGGCCUUUUUGAUUCCUACCUGUAACUCCUGUGGUUGCAUAUGUGGUGCUGUCCUAUCGCUGCCUUACUUGAGAUAUCAGAGAAAAUUGCACACUAAAUUUGGAGUGAAAUUUGUAGAUUACAUUUGUCUGAUAAUGAGAUAUUAUUUUGAUAAGAGAUGUUAAAUGUCUUGUUCCUCUAAACACAAGGGAUGCAGUUUGAAACAUGUUUUAUAAUAAUAAUAAUAAUAUAUGUGUCUAUUUUGAUAUACUUGUACUGUAUGUUUUGUGAUGUGUAAAACUUGUUGAACCCUGGGAAGCAGUUGUAAUGUCUAACAUUUUUACGUCCGUUGUUUAAAGUUGUAUUCUCUGUGGUCUUACAGUCUUUCGUUUUUUAUUCAGCAAUAUUUUCAGUAGCACCAUUUGUAAGCUUAGUACUGUUUACCAUCCUGUGGGAAUAAACCAAUCAAUAAAUCUACUAUUGCGUUA